GCAGCGUCUGUGGAAAGAGAUAGGGAGUUUCGUUUUAGGUCGAAGACCCUUGAUAAGAAUUGGAAAGGAAAGAAAAGAGUUUUUUAUGGAGAUUCAUUCUCAGAUUGUUGCUAUGCGUUUUCUUAUCCCCGUGUUCACGCUGCAGAAUGGAGCUGCAUUUUAACAGCUGUCAAGUGAAGCAAAGCUUCCCUCCCGUGUGAUCUGUUAUUAGAAAUCACUGCCUCUGAUCUUUUUGUACAGCUACCUAACAGGUGUUUAUCGGAUUCCUACCAAUGAAUUGGCAUCCCCGAGAGAAUAUUUAAACGAAUACAAUGAUCAUUUCUACGGUAAUAACAAAAAUGAAUCUUUUUUUAAAAAUUCACACUAUUUCUGUUCUCUGAAGCGUCUCCCUAUAUUUUCGCUCUUUCAGAAAUACGUGUUUGUUAGGGGUUCUCAUGUAACGGCGUUUCAUAAAAUUACCAUGCGGAGAACUGAGGUGUAAUAUCGUGUAGACACACAAUACUGGAGUAACUCAGCGGGUGAGGCAGCAUCUCUGGAGAGAAGGAAUGGGCGACGUUUAUCGUGUAUAUGUAUUAGCCGUUUGGCUUCAUGGCGUGGUACGGCUACAGUACCACUGAAGCUCGGAUCGAUGCAUGUUUUUAAGAUGGUUCAAGACUUCAACACCCAAGUAGCCCUUUUCCGCGAACUGGUCAUUUCCAUUGGAGAUGCCUCUGUGGAUUGUCCCUGCCUGCGAUCUGAAAUGCAGAAGACACGGACCAAGGGUUGUGAGAUGGCACAAAGCGCACAUCAAAAACUCUCCGCGAUCUCGGGGGCUGAAGAUGGGGAAAUCCACCCAGAAAUCUGCAGACUUUAUAUCCAGCUCCAGUGCUGCCUGGAGAUGUACACAACAGAGAUGCUGAAAUCAGUUUGUCUACUAGGAUCCCUUCAACUUCAUUGGAAAGAGAAGGACGCGUUGGUGGUUCCCAAAGUAAUAGACAGUAGAAAGGAAGAGAGUUCCCAAGCUCCAAUUUUAGAAGAUACACCAUCCUCUCCUCUUCAAGAUCUUCAACCAUAUUCGUGGCAUGUUUCCACAGACAUAGAAAAUACUGAAAGGGAUAUACGAGAAAUGAAAAAUCUUCUAAGCAAACUCAGGGAGACGAUGCCUUUACCAUUAAAGAACCAAGAUGAUAGCAGUCUCCUUAAUCUGACUACAUAUCCACUCGUAAGACGGAGGAAACGACGAUUCUUUGGACUUUGCUGCCUCGUGUCAAGCUAGGAUGCUGAAAGAGAUUGAAAGAAAACUUAAAUGUUGUUAUUAAUUC